UGCCCCCCCAGGCAGUUUCGGGGUGUUCUGGUACCUCUUCUGGGUGUUGGUGUCCUACGAGAGCCCUGCCCAGCACCCCACGAUCUCCCCCGAGGAGCGAAAAUACAUCGAGGAGAGCAUCGGCGAGAGCGUGGGCAGCAACCCGCUGCUGCUGGCCACGCCCUGGCGCCACUUCUUCACCUCAAUGCCCGUCUAUGCCAUCAUUGUGGCCAACUUCUGUCGCAGCUGGACCUUCUACCUGCUGCUCAUCAGCCAGCCAGCCUAUUUCGAGGAGGUCUUUGGCUUUGAAAUCAGCAAGGUGGGGCUGCUGUCAGCGCUGCCGCACCUGGUGAUGACCAUCGUGGUGCCCAUUGGGGGCCAGAUCGCCGAUUUCCUGCGCUCCCGGGGACUCAUGUCCACCACCAACGUUCGCAAGAUGAUGAACUGCGGCGGGUUUGGCAUGGAAGCCACACUGCUGCUGGUCGUGGGCUACUCCCACUCCCGGGCCGUGGCCAUCUCCUUCCUGGUGCUGGCUGUGGGCUUCAGUGGCUUCGCCAUCUCUGGCUUCAACGUGAACCACCUGGACAUCGCCCCGCGCUAUGCCAGCGUCCUCAUGGGGCUGUCCAACGGCGUGGGGACACUUUCCGGCAUGGUGUGUCCCCUCAUCGUGGGGGCACUCACACGCCACAAGGUGCGGGGACAACACGGUGGGACAGUGGGGGGCUUGGGGGCAGCAGAAGCCAGGGAGAGACAGUGGGACAUGAGGGGACAGUGAGACAUGAGGGGACAGUGGGACAUGGAGGGACAGUGGGGUCAGAGGAGACAGUGGGACAUGUGAGGGGACAGUGGGACAUGCGGGGGGACAGUGGGACAUGAAGGGACAGUGGGGUCAGAGGAGACAGUGGGACAUGUGAGGGGACAGUGGGACAUGAGGGGACAGUGGGACA